CGGCCACGACCUGCGCCGGUUGUUGACGAUGGCUGGCUAGCGUUAGCCGGCGCCUUCCAGCUCAUCAAACCAAACCAUGGUUGUUUCGGUGGAGGAGGAGACUCGUUUUUACGCUGCUGAAAUGAUGGCGAGAAGGAAGCAGAAUGGAGCCAGCGUCCCAACCUCCAGUCGACUUUCCCGUCACUUUUCUAUCGUAAUCUAACAAACCGACGACAAUCCGCAUCAUGGGAAGGAUCAGCUUUUCGUGCCUUUUCCCAGCCUCCUGGCAUUUCAGUCUGUCAUCCCAGGUUCUUCCCCGGCUUGUUAUACCUUCCCUCAGACAACUGCUCUUUAUCGGCCUGGUGGUGUGUCUGGUGGGGCUUGUUUACCUCUUGCUUGUCACUGCAAAGGGGCACACCACCUGGAUCAGAAAGGAGAGUCACUUCCACAGACAUUUGGCAAGAGUGACUGAUGUGGAGGCAACAGACACAAGCAACCCCAACCUUAACUAUGGCCUGGUGGUGGACUGUGGGAGUAGCGGUUCCAGAGUGUUUGUGUACUGUUGGCCACGCCACAAUGGUAAUCCUCAUGAAUUGCUGAACAUCCGACAAAUGAGAGAUCAACACCGCAAGCCAGUGGUAAUGAAGAUAAAGCCGGGCAUCUCUGAAUUGGCUACAACACCUGAAAAAGCCAGUGAUUACAUAUUUCCACUACUGAGCUUUGCAGCCCAACACAUACCUAAAAGCAAACACCAAGAAACACCCUUGUACAUCCUUUGCACAGCUGGAAUGAGGAUUCUACCUGAAAGUCAACAAGAAGCACUUCUAGAGGAUCUGCGGACAGAUAUCCCAGUAAACUUCAACUUCCUCUUCUCUGAUUCCCAUGUAGAAGUCAUUUCUGGCAAACAGGAAGGUGUAUAUGCAUGGAUUGGAAUUAAUUUUGUCCUUGGAAGAUUUAACCAUGUACACAAUGAUGGGGAAGCUGUAGUAGAAGUACAGGUCCCUGGGAAUGACCAGCAGGAGGCGCUGGUGAGGAAAAGGACUGCCGGUGUCCUGGACAUGGGCGGGGUCUCUACACAGAUUGCAUACGAAGUGCCCAAAACUGUAAGCUUUGCUUCUCCACAACAGGAGGAGGUUGCUAAGAACUUACUGGCAGAGUUCAACUUGGGUUGCGAUGCGCAUCGCACAGAACACGUUUAUCGUGUGUACGUGUCCACUUUCCUUGGGUUUGGGGGAAAUGCAGCACACCAAAGAUAUGAGGAGAGUCUUGUCAAAAAUACCGCCACACGAAACAAACUCUUGGGCCAGCAUGUUGGAGAGACGGCAGAGUCUCCCCUCAUGGAUCCAUGUCUACCUACAGACCUGCAGGACGAGGUCGGCCCCCCUACACAGAAGUUCUACAUUCGAGGCACGGGGGACUUCGACUUAUGUAGACAACUUCUCCAGCCUUUCCUCAACCGUACUGAAGAAAAUCAAACCUCCUUGAAUGGUAUCUACCAGCCGGCCAUUGACUAUGACAACAGCCAGUUCUACGGCUUCUCCGAGUUCUACUACUGUACCGAGGAUGUCCUGCGCAUGGGCGGGGAUUAUAAUUCUUCCAAAUAUGCCCAGGCAGCCAAGAGUUACUGUGCCACCAAGUGGCGGACUCUUAAGGACCGCUUUGACUCUGGCUUGUACGCCUCUCAUGCUGAUCUUCACAGACUUAAGUACCAGUGUUUUAAAUCAGCGUGGAUGUAUGAAGUUUUCCAUUUGGGGUUCUCUUUCCCUACAAAUUAUAAAAAUCUCAAGACUGCCCUUUUGGUCUACGACAAAGAAGUCCAGUGGACUCUUGGUGCCAUACUUUACAGAACACGUUUUCUGCCUUUGAGAGACAUCCAGCAGGAGAGCCUGAAAGGAGUGCACUCCCACUGGCGGCACAGCUUCUCUUUUGUCAACAACCACUACUUAUUCCUGGCCUGUUUCCUCGUUGUUGUGUUGUCUAUUUUGCUGUAUUUGUUACGCCUGCGCCGCAUCCACCGGCGUACGGCGCAGCGCUGCACUCCUUCCUCGGCCCAGUGGCUGGAGGAGGGCCUGAGCUCCCCCUCACUUCCUAUCACCCUCUAAAAAAAACAUGAUAGAGUUGAUCUGGACAGCAUGUCUUGACUUUCCAGAACCAGUUCUCUGCCCCUUCUCUCUUUGAUACCAUCUGCUUGGCCAGUGAGUCGGCCUUCAGUUGUAGGCUGCGACCCUGAAAGACAGUUGCCUUCUUAAACGUGGAUUUUGAUUUAAGCUCAAGGAGAGACGGUACUCAGACUUGUCCAGAACUCACAAAGAAGAUUCUACAUAAGUUUUCGGGUUUGCUCAGCCAUGAAAAUAGUUCUGUACUUUAUCAGUAAUUUAUUGUUCUUGAAAUAUUUGCCAUAAAUGUGAUUAAGAUGGGAAAAGAACGCGUACAUGACAUGCUUCUACUUCACGAAGUUCAUAUGGCAGCUGGCUCUUUCUGUCUCCGCUCAUCAGAAAAACCUACAGUUCGCCAGUUCGGGUGCGAUCUUGCAUCUCCUAACAUGCGGAUUGUCUCCACUUUUGAAUUUCGCAAAGUUAAACUCCGAUAAAUCGUCUAGAGGCAAUUUUUUUUCACUGUUUUGUGUGUGCACAUGCCUUUUUUCUUUUCCUUGAUAAGUGCAUGAUCACUUUAUGGUGUUGGAAUCUUUUUUUUAUAUAUAUAUAUACUGUUGUCAUACCGAUAAAUGGUAUAGUCAUUUACCAUUGACACACAAGUUUCUGUUUGUCGGAUCGUCGGAGUGAAAGAAAACUCCCAGUGUCUCGAGAGGCUUUCCUUUACGAUACGAAUCGGGUACAGUUAAUGCUAAUUAGUAAGCGGGAUCGCCUUGUUGUCAGGUACAGAAUCAGAAUGUAUCGUGCCGUCGUGCAGAACCCCCUCACCCCACCCCACAACGUUGUUUAUACUAUUUAUAUUGCUGUAUGGGUGGCUUUGAAUAGCUGCACUAGUGCAAUAUCAUGUCUUAUCACUGUAGUUAAGUUCAUACCAACACCAGGAGUGUUAAUCUCACUAAGCCCUGCUCCCGCCGAGGCGAGGGCCUUUAUUCAGCUGUGGAUUUGGAUACGGUUUCCUAUGUUUCGAUACCCCGAGCUUCGUUUUCAGAAGCUGGAACGUCACUGCUCGAAGGUGAUGAGAAACGAAAGCACAUAUCCCAUUGUUUUUAUGAAAACAAUGUAGUCAAGUGUUUGCACAGGUUUAAUAAAACAGUCGGUGUAUUGCAAUUCAACAAUAAAAGUUG